CGGACGGCCAGGUCGUUUCUGUCGGGAGUCGGGACGCCGGGGGAGCUGUGCGUUGCGGGGUAUCUGCUGCAGAACAGAGGAGGUCAGCCGAGCCUGCUGGUCGUGGGAUUUGAGUGGUCCGCUGGUGCGGCUGAGUAGGUACUGGCGGGACACGAACGGGCGAAGGAGGUCACGAAGACGGACGAAGAGCGGACGUUGUGGAUGCAUACGGGAGACGAGGCCAUCAUGGACGAGGAAGAGUACCUCCGGAGUAAAGUCUCUUUGAUUCUCUCGAAAUGCUGAAUCUGAAACAAGAUUACACAGUUGUCGGUAGGAUGAAGGCUUGU